UCUCUCUCCAAGUGUGUAUCCGUUUUCUCUCUCCUAAAGCAGAGAGUGACAUGGAAUAAAAAAAAGAAAAAGACCUUUGAGAGCCUCUUCGUUUCAAAAAUCAAAUACUCAACCCCUACCAAUAAUCAAGUCAUCAGAGUCCACCCUUCCCUCUCAUUCCAGAUUCCAUUUUGCUUCGGAUUUUCAAAUUAAAAAUCUCCCUCGGGUUCGUCCCCAACCUCAGAUCCUUCAAUCCACUCUCACCUGCUCACUCAAUGGCUUUCUUUUGAUCCUCAAAUGCUUCAUUAGAAGAAUUUUGGGGAUAAUAUCUGGAAUCUGGUUCACAAAGGGAGCCACUUUUUAGCGUUCUCUUUUCUUUAAUGUGUGCAAUGGACUCUGACAAUGUCGGACCUGUUUUUGCCAACGGGAUGAGCCAUGAAAAUGGGGACCCAGAGCAAAGCAUUUAUGGAGAAGGAGGUAUUGUUUUGGGAGAAGUGAACGGGACUCCUGCCUGUGUUUAUGAGAUCGAUGGGCCAAACAGCAAUCCCAAAACCGACGCCAAGUUGGAGGACGGUGCAUCCAAUGACUCAUCUAGUGAAGCAGUGCGAGCUAGCAAAACUGCAUUUACCGAAAGUAAUGGUUUGGCCAAGUCCAAGUCCAAGGAACAUGGAAUGAAAGAAGCAGAUCAUUCGAAGGAUCCUAAAACUCAAAAGGGUCCAAGUAUGGCCAAAGCUGAGAAGUCUUCUCGCCCCAAAGCUGUGGUGACAACAUCGGUGAAAAAGGGAAAAGAUGGGAAAGGUGUGGAGACAAAUACUGCUGAUUCAAAUGGUUCCUUGGCUUCAAAUUCACACCCAAAACAAUCAUUUGCUCUUGGAACAAAGAGCGGAUCAUUUAAUGACAGAGAGGUUGCUGACCGCAACUCUAAACCAACACCUGUGCCAAUCCAUGCUCGUGUAACUAAGCAAUCUGGAAAGUCAGAUGCAGUAUCAUCCACCAUGAAUGCAACAAAAUCCGAGGGACUCAUGGAGAAGACAAAACUGACGGCAUUGAGAAAAGGUCCAACCGAUAAAGCUGAAGAUGGUGUGGAUUCUGUGGAAUCUACUCUAAGCCCCACUGCAGGAGACGAUAAGACUCGCAAAGUGGGUACUCUUCCAUCCUACGAUAUAAGUUUCAGGUGUGAUGAAAGAGCCGAGAAAAGAAAAGAGUUCUACUCCAAACUUGAGGAAAAGAUUCAUGCAAUGGAAGAAGAAAAGAAUAAAUUGGAGGCCAAAAGCAAGGAAAGUCAAGAAGCUGAGAUCAAAAUGCUAAGAAAGAGCUUGACUUUUAAAGCAACUCCAAUGCCAAGUUUCUAUCAGGAACCUCCACCUCCUAAGCCAGAGUUGAAGAAGAUACCAACAACAAGAGCCAAAUCUCCAAAGCUUGGUCGAAAGAAGGCCUCACCCACCAGAGAUUCUGUAGGGAACAGUACUGGAAGCUAUCGAUCUACUCGCUUAAGUUUGGAUGAGAAGUCCCAAAAUAGUAACACCACCAAAGGACCUCCUUCCCAUCUCAAGAAGCCACUGCGGAAAUCCCUUCCCAAGCUGCCUUCUCAAAAAACCACCUUAUCCAACAAAUCAGGCGAAAAUAAAACUGAUGAAUCACUCAUCAAAGUUGCAUCUCACAUUCAAGAGCUCAGCGUGAACGGUGUGCCUGUAGUUGAAGAUCCAAGCCCAGACCACCUUAGUGCAGGAACCAAUUGCAUUGGAGAAGUAAACGACAGCAAUCAGUGGAAGUGAAUUGGUCUGAAUUGCCCUCCAUCAAGUUUUUGCCUGCAUAUUACUACGAGAGGCUUGAAUAAGACUUGAAAUUAUUUGAUGAUGAAGGCUUGAAGGGUUUCGAAACAAGGGUUGUUAUGUUGUCUUGUCCAUAGGCAAAGCAAGGUUUGCUUGUUUGGUCAUUAGGAUUGUUGUAUGUUGUUGCAGCAUUGUAUAAUAACCGUGUCCGUUUGUUUUGCUCCUUUGUCUAAAUAUGCUGUAGUUGCCUGGUUGUUGGGAGCAAAUGGGAAAAUUUUGGGAAAGUCUUGUGUUUCAGAUAGUCCAUUGUCUCUGUACUUUCUGUUUGGAUUCUGUCAUGAAUUGGUGGGUUGUAUGGCUGUUAAGAUUACUCCGAUCAAUAUUUAUCUAAUUGUUAAAGGGUUGAGGCUUC